GGAGGCGCCCCGCGAGUGGUGAGUCCCUGGCCCGAGCGCAGCAGCGUGGCUACCCGCUCGGCCGCUGGGCCGGCCGCCCCCGCGCGGGCCCUGCGCAGCCCCACGGCGUCGCGGUGGGCUAGUCGGGGGAGACCACAGAAUCUGAGGCCAUGCCCCAUGAAAAGAGUUUCUUGGUGUCUGGAGACAGCUAUCCUCCCCCCAACCCUGGAUAUCCUGGGGGACCCCCGCCCUCCAUGCCUCCCUACCCUGGAGCCCCUUACCCACAAGCCCCCUUCCAGCCUUCUCCAUAUGGCCAGCCAGGGUACCCCCAGGGCCCCAGCUCCUACCCCCAAGGAGGCUACCCUCAGGGCCCCUACCCCCAAGGAGGCUACCCUCAGGGUCCCUACCCUCAAGGGGGCUACCCUCAGGGGCCGUAUCCGCAGAGCCCCUUUCCCCCCAACCCCUAUGGACAACCACAGGCCUUCCCGGCGCAGGACCCUGGCUCACCUCAGCAUGGAAACUACCAUGAAGAGGGUCCCCCGUCCUACUAUGACAACCAGGACUUCCCUGCCACCAACUGGGAUGACAAGAGCAUCCGCCAGGCCUUCAUCCGGAAGGUGUUCCUGGUGCUGACCCUGCAGCUGUCUGUGACGCUGUCCACUGUGGCCGUGUUCACCUUUGUUGGGAAGGUGAAGGGCUUCGUCCGGGAGAACGUGUGGACGUAUUAUGUUUCCUAUGCUGUCUUCUUCAUCUCCCUCAUUGUCCUCAGCUGCUGUGGAGACUUCCGGCGAAAGCAUCCCUGGAACCUCGUUGCCCUGUCGAUCCUGACCGUCAGCCUGUCCUACAUGGUGGGCAUGAUCGCCAGCUUCUACAACACUGAGGCGGUCAUCAUGGCUGUAGGCAUCACGACGACGGUCUGCUUCACGGUGGUCAUCUUCUCUAUGCAGACUCGCUACGACUUCACCUCGUGCAUGGGCGUGCUGCUGGUGAGCCUGGUGGUGCUGGUCAUCUUCGCCACCCUCUGCAUCUUCAUCCGGAACCGCAUCCUGGAGAUCGUGUACGCCUCGCUGGGCGCCCUGCUCUUCACCUGCUUCCUGGCAGUGGACACCCAGCUGCUGCUGGGAAACAAGCAGCUGUCCCUGAGCCCGGAGGAGUACGUGUUCGCCGCACUGAACCUGUACACGGACAUCAUCAACAUCUUCCUGUACAUCCUCACCAUCAUCGGCCGCGCCAAGGAGUAGCUUGCGCUCGGGGCCCCACUCGGGCAGCAUGGCUGGCCUGGGCCCUGCCCCUGCUAGGGCAACGCCGUCACACCUCCCCUUGCGCCCCCCAGGGCCUAGCCCGGGACCAAGGGGCCCCCCCGACCCUCCUGUGUGUACACUGCGGAUACUUCUGUGUGGACCCGCUGCGGCCAGCAUGGCCCCCUCUCGCCCUCCGGCCCUGCCGAAGGGCAGUGGGGGCCUGGUUUCCAGGCCACCUCCUGCCCACUCACUGUUGCAUGAGCCCUGUCUGCCAGCCCACCCCAGGGUCUGGGGGCAACACCAGGUCCCAGGGGAGAGGGGUCGAGCCAAGAGGUGAGGGUGCACGUCUCCUCUCCUGUUCCAGCCCCCACCCCCAGCCUGGCAUAGAGAUUCCCCCCCCCGCCCCGCCC